UCGUGUUAUUUUAAAAUAGCUUAGCUUCCUUGUGACGUUGUGUGAAGCCGGAUGAAUUUAAUACGCCUCUAUAUACAUUCCGACAUACAACAAUGAUUAACUCGUUCGGGAAUGUCAAAUAUUUGCCGAUAAUUCCAUCAUUCUCGACUUUAUAAUGCCAUGCCAUACCUUGUGCGGCCUGAAUAGAAGUGUUAUCAAUAAACGGCUGAUAUUCGGUCGUGAAGAAUAUUAUUCUAAGUUAAACUGAGCGAGCCUUUCUCGCAGUCAGACUCGAGACUCGAGACUCAGGUCAGCUUACCGCACAUUAUUUGGUCUGAAAGGUAAAUAAUUCGUUGAACUGCACAGUGGAAAGGCGAAAUCGAACUUAAACAUCUGAAGAAUGGGAAACUGUCACAUGGCAAGCGAUAGAGAGGCUGUCGUUGUGUCAGGGGGAUGUUGUAUUCCCAGGACUCAGAAGUAUAAGGCCGUGGCAGGAAACUGGAAAUGUUUGUGGGCCUGGGCAGGACUGAGUAAAGUUGACAGGUUAACUCUGGACGUGUUAACAUUCAAAAAGGUUUUCAAGAGUGUGAAAACGGCGCGAGGCAGGCAUGUUUCAGUGUCAGUUAUAACCGAGGUACAAGUCAUGCAGGAUCUGCAGCACUUUGCACGAGCUAGCGAUUACUUCCUGGGAAAGACAACCGACGAAAUAGCAGAAGUUAUCCUUCAUGUUCUGGAAGCACACGUGCGUGACAUCUAUGAGCAUGUAGCUUUGAAAUACAUCGAAGAAGAUUCAAACCACUUUUCAGGAAGAAUACAAAAGGCGGCCACUCCUGACGUGUGGGACCUGGGAGUGUUGAUUCAUAACUUGUUCAUCACAGACGUGACUCGAGAGGAAAUGUAGUGCUUAUUCUAAUGGCUGAUGAACACAAGGACGUUUUCAUUGGUUCGUACAUGCAGUAUCAAGAUGAAGCCUGACUCUUGACGAGUCCGCUGGUUACGUGUAUGCCAUUUGUUGCGUGACCGCGUUAACGAGCACCUGAUAACGCUACACGAAUUCUAGUUAGAACUUUAAAACCUGAGAGUAAACGUUUCCAUUCUCCCAAACUGCUAACACAUUAUUUCGUAUAAGACAGAGUUGUUCAAUAACUCGCGUCUCCCUGUUGCAUUUCCAAGACAGCAACUCUUGGUAGCUCAGUACCCGUAUAUAAUUGGGAACCUACUGUUCCUUAAUGAAGCUAUACCGGCACACGUUUCUUUAACAUGAUGACUAGACUAAACGCAUUUCGUCCGUCCACGUUUUUUCUUUGCCUGUAUACAACCACCCACUUUUCCUAGAGAAACUGGCGGAGGCGCGUACACCUCCCCUCUCCCCAUCCCCUCCCCCCAAUCACCGAUAUUCUUCAGGAGAGUGAGAUACUGAACACGGGCUACCUGUUUUGUUUCUUGUUAGGUUUUUUGAGCUGUGAAUAUAUUGUCAUUCCUGACCCUAACUCUUUGUUAGCCGGGCAUGUAUACAUGUAUAUACGCUUUCAGUCUCGAGUUAUAAAAAAUAGCUUUUCGUUUAAGAGAAUAUUUAAUAAGAGUAUAAAUUAUAAAUAAACGCCAAUUGUACUGCAAGAAUCCAUACGUACUAGCUAGGAAAUACUCUACAGAAAGCAUAACCAUGUAGACUGUACCAUCUAACGAUUAUAUUUGAGUUCGCUUAAAUACAAAAGAUUUUAAAAUCAAUUAAAAAGUAGAAAAAAA